AUGGACCCACACGGAGAUGAUUACUUGCCGCCCACUGGCGAGAUGGACCCUUACGCCAGGAGCAAGGCCCUCCUGACUGGCCUCCUGACCGGGUGCGCCUUCUCCGCCCUGAGCUUCCAACGUCGCCAAGGUCGCAACCUCGCAGGACUUGGGGUGCAGUCCCUGGCGGCUGGCCUGCUAGGAGUGGGGCUGAGCCUCGGCUAUACCAACUGGCAGGCCGUGCAGGUACGCCACCAUGCGCAAGCUCUCGCGCGACUUCAAGAGAACUCCGAGGCCGUGCGCAUGCUACCCAUCGGGAACUUGGCUCCUAUGCUACCGGCCAAGGAGUUCGAUGAGGCAACCGGCCAAAACGCCAAAGCUGCCAGCGAGGCGCUUCUGGAACAGAUCCGGAAGGAGGAGCGGGCAAAGCGAACGAAGUAA